UGGCACAAUACUGAGGCUCAGGCUCAGAUGUACAAUUCUCUUCUCGGAGAUCAGACCCUACGAUCCACAGGCAUCCCCAACCUGGAUUAUAUUUCCCUGCUGUAUGGACUAAAACCAAUUUCUCUUCCGUUUUUGUUCACAUGGGUGGAAUCGUGCUGCUAAAACGGAAUAACACGCUCUAUUUGUUGUGCUACAGAGAUAUCGACCAGAACAAUGAAACGGCAAGUACUGUUGCUAAUCGCCAUCUUUUGCCUGCGUCCUGUGUGCGGACAGGUCAGCUACUCAAUUCCGGAGGAAAUGGCAAAAGCCUCUUUGGUCGGUAACAUUGCACAAGAUCUAGGUUUAGACGUCAAACGGCUGCGGUCCGGUAAAGCUCGUAUUUACACGGGAGACAGCGCUCAGUACAUCGAGCUGAACAGAGAAAGGGGAGUCCUCCUCGUUAAAGACAAAAUAGACCGUGAAGCGCUCUGCAGACAGACAACGCCUUGCGCUCUGCAUUUCCAAAUUACGUUGGAGAACCCGUUAGAAUUAUUUCCGGUUACUGUAGAAAUCACUGACAUUAAUGACAACGCUCCACUUUUUCAAAAGGAGGAGAGGAGAUUUGAAAUAAGCGAGUCUGCCGUCAUCGGCUCUAAGUUCUUGCUAGAGAAAGCGAUUGACCCCGAUAUCGGAGUAAAUGGUCUUCAGACAUACACUCUGAAGCCGAGUGAAAAUUUUGCGCUUAAACUGCAUUCUCAGUCCGAUGGAAGCAAAAAGGUAGAAAUGGUUUUACAGAAGCCUUUGGACCGAGAGAAACAGGAGCACAUAGCGUUAGUGUUGACUGCGGAGGACGGAGGAGAACCACAGAGGACAGGAACGAUGCAGAUUCACGUGACUGUGUUGGAUGCAAACGACAAUGCCCCUGUCUUCAGUAAACAGGUUUACAAAGCAAGUAUUACAGAAAACUCCGCAAUAGGAACACUCGUUACUAAGGUCAGUGCUUCAGAUGCAGACAAAGGCUCAAACGGAGAGGUGACAUACGUCAUCGGGAAUAGCAUGGAUACCGUUUCAAAAUUAUUUCACAUUAAUAGUCAAGGUGAGGUGAUACUAGAUGGUGCAAUAGACUAUGAAAAAGAAAAACAUUAUCACAUCGACAUAGAAGCGGUCGAUCAGGGCGGACUCUCAGAUUCAAGUAAGAUAAUUAUUGAUGUAAUUGACGUGAACGACAAUAGCCCUAUUGUAAAUAUGAUAUCAACAUCAGGCUCAGUACCAGAGGACUCGGCCCAAAAAACUGUAAUAGCUCUAAUGAGUGUUAAUGACCCUGAUUCUGACACUAAUGGCAAAGUCCAAUGUGUAAUAAAUGAAAACAUGCCCUUUGAAAUUAAAUUUACCUCUAAUAAUUUCUAUAGCCUACUAACAGACAGUGAAUUAGACCGAGAGAGAUCCUCUGAGUAUAAUAUCACAGUGACCUGCUCUGAUGAGGGCGUGCCCUCCCUCUCCAGCAGCGUCACUCUCACUUUACAGAUCUCUGACGUGAAUGACAACGCACCUGUCUUUGAGAGGAGCUCAUAUGAGGCCUACAUUGUAGAAAACAACACACCAGGUCUCUCUGUAUUCACAGUGAAAGCCAGAGACGCUGACUGGAACCAGAAUGCCCGUGUUUCUUACAUACUGGAGGACUCCUCUGUUAACGGAGUCCCAGUCUCCUCGUAUGUGUCCGUUAGUGCUGAUAGUGGAGUCAUCCAUGCAGUGCGCUCUUUUGACUACGAGCAGAUCAAAGAUUUUCACUUCCGAGUCAAAGCUCAGGAUGGAGGCUCUCCUCCACUCAGUAGUAACGUGACUGUGAAAAUACUGAUCCAGGAUCAGAACGACAACCCACCUCAGGUUCUGUACCCAGUUCAGACUGGUGGCUCUCUGGUGGCUGAAAUGGUGCCUCGUUCAGCAGAUGUGGGCUAUCUGGUCACUAAAGUGGUGGCUGUUGAUGUGGACUCUGGACAGAAUGCCUGGCUCUCCUAUAAACUGCAGAAAGCCACAGACAGGGCGCUGUUUGAAGUGGGCUCACAGAAUGGAGAAAUAAGAACUAUCCGCCAAGUCACUGAUAAAGACGCAGUGAAACAAAGACUGAGUGUUAUAGUGGAGGACAACGGGCAGCCCUCUCGUUCCGCUACAGUCGUUGUUAACGUGGCGGUGGCGGACAGCUUCCCGGAAGUGCUGUCGGAGUUCACUGACUUUACGCACGACAAGGAGUACAACGACAACCUGACUUUUUACUUAGUGUUGGCUCUGGCUGUAGUCUCCUUCCUGUUCAUCACGUGUGUAGUGGUUAUUAUCUCAGUGAAAAUCUACAGAUGGAGACAGUCUCGCAUCCUGUAUCACUCCAACCUCCCUGUGAUUCCAUAUUAUCCACCACGUUACUCAGACACUUUGGGGACAGGGACUCUCCAACACGUGUACAAUUACGAGGUGUGCACGACGACUGACUCCAGAAAGAGUGACUGUAAGUUCAGCGGAGCUGGUAGUCAGAACGUGCUGAUAAUGGACCCGAGUUCUACAGGGACAAUGCAGCGGAUACAGAGUGAAAAGAGCAUCCUGGACGAACCAGACUCUCCUCUGGAGGUUAGACCCUGA